AUGGGUGAAACCGCUGUGUCUUCUGAGCGACUGCUCUUUGUCAUCUCUCUGGAUAUUUCAGAGGCAUUCGUGGCAGAAAUCAAGCAACAAUUCCCUAAUGACGAUGUCACUGUUUACCAGUCGAAGCCGAAAGAAGCUGUCCCAGUCCCAGUUGAACUAUACCGCAACGCGACCAUUUUGGUGACCCUCGCAGACCUUCCUGACAUCAAAGACGCCAAGAAUCUGAAAUUGAUUCACACGGUGACUGCUGGCCUGGACCAUCUUAUGGGUCAUCCGAUCUUGACAGAUACCAAUAUUCCAAUCACUACUAGCUCCGGAGUCCAUGGUCCGCCCAUCGCCGAGUGGACACUCAUGAAUUGGCUUGUCGCGUCUCGCCAGUACAUCCGUACCUAUGAGGCCCAGAAAGAGAAACGAUGGGAUAUCAAAAAAGACGUUUUAUCGACCAAUAUCCACGAUCAAGUCGACAAGAGAGUUGGGAUUCUCGGAUACGGAAGUAUUGGGCGGCAAAUUGCCCGUCUUUCACAAGCCAUGGGAAUGACAGUCCACGCGUUUACUGCCUCUCCACGCCCAACCCCAGAGUCGCGGCAUGAUAACGGCUUUAUUGUCCCCGGAACUGGAGAUCCCGAUGGAUCGAUUCCAGCAUCAUGGCACCACGGCACAGACAAGGAAUCGAUUCGCUCAUUCUUGUCCCUGGGGCUAGAUCACUUAGUGAUCUCGCUUCCGCUAACCAAGCAAACAACACAUCUGCUGGGCGCCGAGGAGUUGACCUUGCUAUCUAAAAGCUCGAAGCACCCGAUCAGCAAGCCGUACGUGACGAAUAUCUCGCGCGGCAAAGUUAUCGACCAGGAUGCCCUCAUUGAGGCUUUGAAAUCUGGCCAGUUGAGUGGUGCCGCGCUUGAUGUCACUGAUCCGGAGCCUUUGCCUGCUGACAAUCCGCUCUGGGAUGCGCCAAAUGUGCAGAUUAGCCCUCAUGUGAGUGGACUGGGGAGAGAAUAUCUACCACGCUCGUUGAGUAUUGUGAACAUCAAUAUGGAGCGGAUAGAGAAGGGGCUGCCGUUGCUCAAUGCCUAUAAGCGAGGCAAGGGGUAUUAG